UUAUAAAAAUUCCAAUUACCAUACAUGGUUGGAAAUUCCUUUUCAUUUCUUUUUCAACCCAAAAUAAUAUAGAUUUUAUCUUGAAUUGGGCUGACUGUGAGUUCGCCCAUCUGGAUUUGUAGUCCGCAUCAAAUGUCCCAGAUACAAAACCCACAUUUCUAUUCAACGAUUGCCUGUUUCAAAUCUCACCUAGCCUAAAGAGGCAGCAGCCAUCUCCGUCUCCUUAUUCUUUCCGCGAGCCGGAUCACCCAGCAACAAAAUGUCAGGUGAGGAGGGUACCGUUGCUGUUGAGACACCUGCUCCUCUCGGUGAGGCCAUGGACUUAAUGACUGCAUUGCAGUUAGUCCUCAGAAAAUCUUUGGCUCACGGUGGCCUUAUUCGAGGUCUUCAUGAAGGUGCAAAAGUGAUCGAGAAGCAUGCCGCCCAGCUCUGCGUAUUGUGUAACGGUUCGGAAGUUCCCCACUCCUAUUCUUGGCCACUCCUAUUAUUGGCAGUUGGAAAGGCCGUCACAAGCUGUCUCUUGCCCUAUGGAGCUAACCAAUGUGAAUCUGUACAGUUAUGUAAGAUUGAUUCUGAGGGCAAGGCUAGGAAGGUAGUUGGUUGCUCUUGUGUUGUAGUUCAGGAUUAUGGUGAGGAGAGUGAAGCUCUUAGUGUUGUUCAGCAACACAUCAAGUCUCACUGAGCAGAGGUGGAUGUGAAUUUGUAGAGAUUAUUUUUAUUUAUUUAUUUAUUUAUUUUUAUUGCUUUCAUAAUACCCUCAUUCUUUGGGGUUUUUGUGUUUGCUAACUGCAGUUACUUUUGAAUGAGUUUCUUUUUACCAUGGUGGAACACCUUUCUUGAUGUAUGACAGACGGAAUUAGCAACAUUCUGAGCAUUCAAAAUUAAAGCUGUGGUUGGUUUUUUUAGAUGAUAGAAUGGAGGUUAUGGUUAGCACUUCAAUCUGACAAGGAAUCUGCAUUUGGCCUGCAUAGAUCCUGAUUACGUCCCUAGAUAAAUUCUAUCUCUAUGGUUAGCAAUCUUUAACUUGUCAUAUGUGGCCUAACCAAGACAUCCAAUUUGAGAUUAUAAUUUCCAAGGGCUUUGCACAAGAAUGUAGCCCAUUCGGUCACUGAUUAAUUUUUUUUUUUCGUAUUUUUGGGGAUCAGAAACUAUUAUGAGAAAAAGAUGAGAGCCAAGUGAAUGAGGAGGUGACCGAGUCAGAACAGGUUGACAAAGAGGAAGUACUCGCUCAAUCGCGUGUGUACGUAGACCCUGUUUUUAAAAUAAAAUAUAGUUUUUAUUAAAUGAAUAUUUGAUCUUCCUUGAACCUUUUUUUUUUUCCCGUUGUUUUGCCUAAAAUAAAACUGGGGUCGCA